GAAUAUCACUCCUUCACUGCGAAGAUCUCCUCUCCCUUUUUCUCGUUUUUCUUCAUCGGCUAUCAUACUAUCUCAGGUCCGAUUGAUUUUGAUCCGAUUAACAACUAAUCUUAAUCAAGAUCGAGCAUUCACGAGCAUUGGAAUCUCACAGAUCAAAUUCGAAUCGUCAUCAUGUCAUGCUUAGCCCUAGCUCUACAACCAUCAAACGGAUCUGACAUUUUACUCCAAACCAGAGAAUGGUUCCCGCCGGCGAGAGCCCUAAUCGCUCUCUCCUUCUUCCGCCAAACGCGUCAAGCAUUCUCCCCCACCAAACACCCACACCCAAAUCCCAAACAGAAACAACCUCCUUCCUCUUCCUCUUCCUCCACCUCCGCCGCAGACCCCGACGAUGCCACCGCGGCGGAAUUCGUAGGCGACGAUCCCCUCGCCGCUUCAAACGGACAAGUGAUCGUCGGCGUCGAGAGCAAGUACCGCGUCGUGUACCGACUAGUGAACUCCAUCUACAUCCUCGGCGUCACCGUCGCGGAUCACGACGACAACUCCAUCAACGUGUUCGAGUGCAUCCACAUCGUGAACCAGGCCGUUAGCGUCAUCGUAACCGCCUGCCGCGGAGUCGACGUGACUCCGGUGAAGCUCGGGCGGAAGUACGCGGAGGUUUACAUGGCGCUCGACAUCGUCUUGCGCGGCGUCAGCAACAUCCGUUUGGCCGCGAUGCUUGGGUCAAUGCACGGCGACGGGAUCGCGAAGAUGGUGCAUUCGGCUUUGGACACGGAGAAUAAGAUCAGAGGAGGGGAUAGCUGGGCGUCUGUGGAGUCUCACGCCGCGGAGCAUUUGGCUUCUGUGCAGGCCUUCUCCAAUGCGAGAUUCGAGUUGCCGUUAGAGACUGUUGCUGCUGGGGACGAGAUGGCUGCGAGUUUGGCCCCUGUGGUGCAAGAAUCUGAGGAGUUGAAGGAAGAGAUGGAGGAGCCUGACAGUUUGGAUCCUUUCGCGGCGAGUGAGACGGUUAAUAAGGAGAAAGAACUCGUUGGCGGGUUCAAGAAGACUAUGGAUCCUUCCUCUAAGGACUUGACCUUGGCUUUGGCGGGACUCGAGGUGACUACGUUGCCUCCAGCUGAAGCAACGCAGUCUACUCACAUCAAUGUGGAAGGAUUCGAAGGGGAGUACGGUGGGAUUGAGUUCAGCAACGAGCAGGCUACGAUUGGUGAAACUUUUGAAUCGCUUAGUGAUGCUUGGGGAGGUGGGUUGGAUCCUUCUGAGUUUAUGGGACCGAAGAAGAUUCAUAAGAAGGAAGGACUCGCCGGGCUUGAGCUUUUGCACACAAGUGAUCCCAAGGCAGUGGAGGGUAAAGAUGGAGGUAAUGUCGAUAAUCUUGUUAAGAAGCCUGAGAUGAAAGGUCCUGAAAUGUAUAUCUCUGAGGAAAUUAGAACGGAGUUUAGGGAAUCAUUGCUUGCUAGAGUGGGACUAAUGGGUGUGUUCUAUCUGAAAACAAUGCCACCUAAAGGCUCUGGUGAAGAGAAAGAAACCGAGUUCUCAUUCCGUGUUGAAGGUACUAGUCCGGUUAAGAGAUUCGCUAUGCAGAGUUCUCGGGUUAGUAGCUUAGGGAACGGUUUGUUUCACGUGAGAACUGCUCCAUCAGAAGAACCAAUCCCUAUCUUGAAGUAUAGUUUGCAACCUAAGCUAACCCCGUUGCCUCUUAGAGUCCGAAUGGUGAAACGAGUCAGUGGGACUUUACUUUCACUCAUGAUACAAUACGUCUCAAGCCCGGAACUACCUCAGCCUCUGAAAAACGUCGAUUUUGUUCUGAAACUCCCUGUUGAUCCCACAUUGCUUAAGGUUUCUCCUAAAGCUAUACUAAACAGAACCGAUCGAGAACUGAAAUGGCAAGUCCCUGAGAUUCCUCUCACUGGAAGUCCCGGGAGAUUAAGAGCAAGGAUGCCUCUCGAUUCAGAGAACAGCGAGGAAGAACCAGAGAUCAUCUGCUACGUGAAAUUCUCGGUUCAGGGAAGUAGCUCUUUGUCUGGUAUCACUCUGCGUGCAGCUGCUGAGGGGAAUACGGAUUUCUAUGAGGUAGAUCACAGGUUCGAAACUGGAGUUUAUAUGUGCAAUUGAUACUGUUUUUCUCUUAAGAGUUUCAUUUGUUUAUAAAUUUCUAAAAAUGUUUUUUUUUUGUUAUAAAAGUAAUGGAAAAGUAUAUAUUUA